GGGGGGCGGAGCUGUGGGCCUGGCCGUGAGCUCCGAGCCGCUGCAGCCCGAGGCGCCUCCGGCCAGAACAGCCCGGCCCCUCGGCGGCGGCGCACCUUGACGGGAGAGGCGGGCCAUGCAGGAGCCGCUGCUGGGAGCCGAGGGCCCGGACUAUGACACCUUCCCCGAGAAGCCGCCCCCGUCACCAGGGGAGAGGACGCGAGUCGGGGUCCUGCAGAGCAAGAGGGUGUUGCUGGCAGCCUUCGCCGCUGUGCUGGGCAACUUCAGUUUCGGGUACUCCCUGGUCUAUGCGUCCCCUGUCAUCCCCGCCCUGGAGCACUCCUUGGAUCCAAACCUGAGUCUGACCAAAACCCAGGCAUCCUGGUUUGGGUCCGUGUUCACCUUGGGUGCGGCGGCCGGAGGCCUCAGUGCCAUGGUCCUCAAUGACCUCCUGGGCCGGAAGCUCAGCAUCAUGUUCUCGGCCCUACCCUCGGUAGCCGGCUACGCGUUCAUGGCUGGUGCCCACGGCCUCUGGAUGUUGCUCCUCGGGCGGAUGCUGACGGGCUUCGCUGGGGGUCUCACGGCUGCCUGCAUCCCGGUGUACGUGUCUGAGAUCGCUCCCCCUGGUGUUCGUGGGGCCCUGGGUGCCACACCCCAGCUCAUGGCGGUGUUCGGAUCACUGUCCCUCUACGCCCUUGGCCUGCUGCUGCCCUGGCGCUGGCUGGCUGUGGCAGGGGAGGGACCCGUGCUCGUCAUGAUCCUGCUGCUCAGCUUCAUGCCCAACUCGCCUCGCUUCCUGCUCUCGAGGGGCAGGGACUCGGAGGCACUGCAGGCGCUGACCUGGCUGCGAGGGGCUGAUGCCGACAUCCGCUGGGAAUUCGAGCAGAUCCAGGACAACGUCCGGAAACAGAGCAGCCGCAUGUCGUGGGCCGAGGCCCGGGACCCCCACAUGUACCGACCCAUCACCAUCGCCUUGGUGAUGCGCUUCCUGCAGCAGCUGACAGGCAUCACGCCCAUCCUGGUCUACCUGCAGUCCAUCUUCGACAGCACCGCCGUCCUGCUGCUCCCCAAGUAUGAUGCAGCCAUCGUGGGGGCUGUGAGGCUCCUGUCUGUGCUGAUUGCCGCGGUCACCAUGGACCUGGCCGGCCGCAAGGCCCUGCUCUUCGUCUCAGGAGCCACCAUGUUUGCUGCCAACCUGACACUGGGGCUGUACGUCCACUUUGGCCCGAAGGCUCUGACCCCUAAUAGCACCAUGGGCAUGGAGAGUGUGCCUGUGGCGGGCACAGAGCAGCCCCUGGUCACGCCCACCAGCUACCUCACCCUGGUCCCCCUGCUGGCCACCAUGCUCUUCAUCAUGGGCUAUGCCAUGGGCUGGGGGCCCAUCACCUGGCUCCUGAUGGCGGAGAUUCUGCCCCUGCGAGCCCGCGGCGUGGCCUCGGGGCUCUGCGUGCUGGUCAGCUGGCUCACCGCCUUUGCCCUCACCAAGUCCUUCCUGCCGGUGGUGAACGCCUUCGGCCUGCAGGCCCCUUUCUUCUUCUUCGCUGCCGUCUGCUUGGUGAACCUGGCGUUCACCGGCUGCUGUGUGCCCGAGACCAAGGGCCGGUCGCUGGAGCAGAUCGAGUCCUUCUUCCACUCGGGGAGGUCCGUCCUGCACUAGGGCAGGGCUGCCACCCAGAGGGCCCAACCACUGGGCAGCGGAGCUGUGCGCUGGCCCCACAUCCGCACUCCGAGUCCAGGAGGCAGCGCAGCGUGUCAUCAGCCGAGGCGCAGGAGGACCCGCCAGAGGCCUGACGGCCCGCAGCACACGCGCCAGCUCCGGGCAGCACCGUUGUCCAGCCUCGGCCCCAGCUCAGGUAGCCUGCGAGCCACGCUCUUCAGCCGAGGCCCACCGGCGGAGGGGGCAGCCACUCGGCCCGAGGGUCUGCCAGGCGACCUCAGGCCUAGCUUCCACUUCAACGGAGGGCUGGCCUUGCUGAGGACAGGGACAGGGCUGGAGGUGGCAGAGCAGUGCCACACAGGGACAUCCUGUUCUCAUCACUUAGCGGCCAUCGGGCCUCUUGGCUUUGGGAAGGGAACUGUACCUGUGAGAGCCUGUGGCCACCCCAGGGAAUGUUCUGGACUCCCACAGGCCAGGGCACAAGACCCAGCAUGGCCACUUCCUCCUGCACCCGCCCCACUGCUGGCAACAGGGGGCGCUCAAGUGCAAGCUGUGCUCACCCUAUUUAUAGAAAUAAAUCAGGCCACGGCCUGGGAGAGGAAGGAGUGGGGUUUACUCAGGUGGGGGAGCCCUCCAGCAGCCAGGCUAGACCAAAUCCUCAGCCAAGGUCAGCAGGGCCUGCUGCUGCCCUCAGGCCACCUCUCUGACCACAGUGAGGCAGAGAAAAGGGGCCAGGCAGCCCAGGAGGGAGGGCCGGGCCGAGGGGCUCCAGCUCCUCCUGGCUGGUGGGCUCCAGAGAGCCACCUUCCCCUGAGGCGCUGCGAGCUGGCAGGGACAGGGCCUGCAGCCCAGCGGGGCCUAGAUGCCCAGCAGUCCCUCCCAGGGCCCCUGCUCGACCCGUGUGGGGGUGGGGUGUCCCCACCACUUAGGACACCAGAGGGAGCGCACGAGCGGGCAUGCAAGCCACCACCAGGCUUUAUUGCUGAAAAUGCGAGCUGAUGCUGAGAGUGAACACAGACCACAAGAGGACAGAGCCUAGACCCAAAGGUGGGCGUACCCCCCCACCCUCCGCCACCCUGCAUGGUGGCCCCCCACCCCCUCUGGGAGACAGGAUCACAGCUCCGGGAACCUCCGCAAGCGACCUGCCCACCCAGGCCAGUGACCAAGGGGGUAGAGAGCCCACCCACUGCCCGCCCAGCUUCCCAGAAACACAGCCAGCCCUUCUGCAGCAAGGAGACCCCUGCCAGCAAGGCCCCGAAGGCAGGGGCAGGAGCGACCCCAGAGGGCCACUUCCUGGGGAAGAAUGAGCCAAGAGGGGCGGGCAGGGCCCUCGCUCCUCCGGCGAGGUAGACAGGUCUUAUUCACAGCACACGCAGGAGAAGACGCACACGCACGCACACGCCCCGCCGGCCUGGAGAGGCCUGUGGCCCACAGCCCUUUCAUCACAGCACUGGCCUGAGGAAGGUGGGCCCGGAGGACCCCUGAAGGCACGUGCCCCACCCCCACCACCCAGGGCUCAGCCUGCUCGGGCUCCCUGGAGAGCCGCUGGGGGACGCUGCUGUCCCCUGGCCAGCGCCUGCCUUCCCAGCCCCAACACUGACACACGCCAGAGAUGCGAAGUCCAUCCAGAAGCCAAGUGAGCAGGCCCAGCCUGCGGUCCUGGGAGGAGCAGCGGCUAAGACCCAGACCAAGCAUCUCCACGUGGGCUCACCUCUGCCCUGGGCUGCCCGGGCCCCUCUGAAGUCCAGUCUGGCCAGAGUGGCUGGUGGGCAGAGGCGGGAGGAAGGGAUGGCAGGGCAGCUCCAGGCUCUGCCCGGCUCCUGAAAGACAGGCAGGUCCCUGCGGGCAGCCCUGCCCUGCCCACUUCCUCAGCACCAGGUCUGGGGCGGGGAGACGCUGGGGACCAGUGGGCCCACAGGAAGUGCUCUGGUUCUGCGCUGGUCCAAGGCCCCAGGGAAGUGGGGGGAUGCCCCCACCAGCAGUUGCGUCACUGCCAAGGCUGCCAUCGUGGGCACUUGAGGGGCCUGUGGGGAGCACCGUGGCUCGCACGGAGGACAGUGGCAGGGGCCCUGGGCAGCAGGGGGGCCCUGAGGACGGGAGGACAGAGGCGGCCCAGCUUCCAGGAUGCCCACGGGCCUGAGAGCUGAGUGGAGGCCCCUGUGGCCGAUGCCCAGGCCUGGGCUGCUGGGCCUCCCACCUCGAGACAGGACCAGAAGCAGCUCCUUCCUGGCCCUCAGCAGGACUCCAGUGGUCCUGCCAGCAUGUACGUCUGACAUCCACCCAGGCGGCUGGGAAGACAGGGUCAGGUGAGCUGUCUGCAGGGCCGCGCAGGCUCUGCUCUGGGUCACCCGAGGCCCCGGCUGCCGGCCCCACCGCCCCAGAGCCCUCACCCUGGGGGCGAAGCAGACAGAAGAGGACUCCGGGGUGGGGACAGGUGAGGGGGACUGCGAGCCAGGCACAGGCUCCUCUUCCGGGCUGUCCCUCAGGGUCGUGCCCCCUACCCACAUCACAGCUCCCCCUCCAGCGUGGCCGUGAGCUUCUCCUCGUCAGCCUGCUGCUUCUGCUGCUGGAUCCUGGCGUAGGAGAUUGCGUCGCCCCUGGGGAGAGUGAGUCCAUGUCACACAGGGCCCAGACCCCAGACACACGGCCCUCCCGCCUCCACCCCACCCUUGACCUGUGCCCCAGGUGGGACCUGCACACAGAGCCCAGUGGGCCUGCUGGUUUCCCCAGAGAGCCUGUUGCUAGGCUGGCAGAGACACGUCUUGUCACCUCUAAGAGCGGCACAGGCUGCCUGGGAUGAUGAGUUGACAAGGAUUCGGACUCUCAGCCUGGGCUCUGCAGGCGGCAGCUGACUGCCGCGGAGCCAGGUGUGGGCCCUGCCGGGAUGCGGCUCUUGGGAGCUGAGCAUCUGCCAUCCCUGCUGUGGGCCAUGGCGAGGCGGGCUGGCCCCCAGAAAGUCCCCUGACCUCUCAUUCCCGACAGCCGGGAUGCCCUGGAGACACUACGAGAGCCUCUGCCAGCCUCGGUGCCUCAGCUUCCACACUGGGUAUCAGGGGCCACCCCAGCCCUUCCUCCCCAAGAUGCCUCGGGAGGCAGAAGAGCCCCCAGGGCCGGGACCGGCAGACGCACUUUUUGCCCAGAGCAGAGAGUCCGUAGAGCACUCCGGUGGCGAAGGCGAUGGCGUUGCCCAGCAGCGUGGUCAGGGUGAGGCUGAUGACGACGGGAACCACGGCCAUCCUGGGGGAGAGGCAGGGGUCAAGGGGCGCUGUCUCUCCACAGGCACGCGCGCAUGCACGCAGCAGCCCUCAGCUCCCCACGUCUGCACAGGCCCCCUCACAGCCAGCCGGGCGCAGGCAGGGCCCCAGAACUCAGAUGAGACAGGGGCUCAGGGCCGGGCCUCGUGAAGUCCUCAACGUCCGUGACCUCAUCUGCAAAAGUCUCUGCAUUUUCUGGGGAGAGAACCCAAAGCUUUCAUAAGAUUGUUUUGUUUUGGUCUUUUUAGGGUCACACUCACGGCAUAUGGAGGUUCCCAGGCCAGGGGUCGAAUUGGAGCCGUAGCCACCGGCCUACACCACAGCCACAGCCACGCCAGAUCGGAGCUGCAUCUGUGAGCUACACCACAGCUCACGGCAAUGCCGGAUCCUUAACCCACUGAGCAAGGCCAAGGAUCAAACCUGCAUCCUCAUGGAUACCUGUCAGGUUCAUUCCUGCUGCGCCACGACAGGAACGCCCCAUCGGAUUUUUCAAAGGGCCUGUGGUCCCAAAAGGGUUACCAGCGAGGAGCUGGUCCAAGUCCCAGGCAGACUGGAAACCCAGUGUCAGCUCCGUCCUGACUGGUUUUGCAACUGUGGGCAAGUUACUUAUCUGAGGCUCAGUCUCUCCCCUGAGGUUUCGAGACUGAACGAGGUAAGGCGUGUUACUACCCCACACGAGGCGAAGCAGCAUUAGCACGAGCGAAGUCUUGGCUCCUAUGGGCGCAGUAAAACCGGCCACAUCUCAGCGAGAAGAUCCCAAAGGUUAAAAGGCGUGAGACUCGGAGCUUCCGCAUUGCAAGGCUCCCGCCAGGAGCCGCCAACUGGCUGAGGAGGCAGCCCCGGCUCUGUCUGGUGUCCCCUCCGGCUGAAGCGUCCGCGGGGCUGACCCCUGGUCCUGGCUGGGAUUUCUAGACCAGCGGCAGCGGUUCGAGUUAACGCACACACACUGUGUACAAGAAGACAAGGCUGGAGCCUCUUUUCAGACUCGCAGACACUCGGAUUCGCCCGACUGAAUUCUACCUGAACUUCCAUUCUGGCAGGACAGGUGAUCAUGAGGUUUUACUGCAGUUAUAACAUUUCGAAGUAAUAAAAGAAAAAUGGAAAUUGCAGAGGGUGGAGUCCCCGUCGUGGCUCAGUGCUAACGGUGGUAACGAACCCGACCAGCACCCAUGAGGACACGGGUUUGAUUCCUGGGAGUUAAAGGAUCCCGUGUGGCCGUGGGCUGCGACACAGGUCGCAGAUGUAGCUCAGGUCCCGCGUUGCUGUGGCUGUGGUGUGGGUGGGCACUGUAGCUCCGACCGGACCUCUAGCCUGGAAACCUCCAUAUGCCACCGGUGCGGCCCUAAAAAGACCAAAAAA